AUGAGAGAUUUUUACAUUUUCCUGGCAAUUCUGCUAUACUCAGGGCUUGUCUCUGUACACGAGAGGGGCACCUACUGGAGGAAGGAAUGGACAUAUAAUUUCCGCUUCCCUGGAGACACUAUGACACAAGACCGUUUUGAAGCAAUCAUGUGGUCACUGCACUUGAGCAAACCAGAAGACGAUGAAGCCAACAACACUAAAAACGGCACUGCAGAAUAUGAUAGACUUUUCAAGAUCAAGCCCCUGUACACUGAGCUUACCAAUGCCUGCAAAUCACAUUUCCAGCCAUACCAAAACAUCUCCAUAGAAGAAAGGAUGGUGGCAUCCAAGGCAAGGAUAAGUAUGCAGCAAAGCCCACUAAGUGGGGGUAUAAAUUAUUUGUACUGGCUGACUCUCAUACUGCUUAUAUGUGGCAUUUUUUGGGUUAUGAAGGCAAGAGUGUGUUCACACCAGGCCAGGGACUAAGCUACACUUCAGUUAUGGACUUGAUGCCAUUCCCCCUACUUGGUGGGGGCCAGGGGCGGUGUGUUCAUUAGGGCGAUAUGGGCGACGCACUGCCAAAUGGGAAAAGGAAGGGAUUUUUUUUCUAAUCCAUUAUAUCACGGCAACAGUAGUUAUCAGUGUUCUAAUCUAGACGUCUGAUCUGCCACUAAAUGUCCAAUCAGGCUAAAGUCGUGCUUCAAAUGGCCCCGCCCCUUUUGGGGCGAUUUCAGUCAGGUUGAAAAUCGCCCCAGAAGUCUCUCAUAGACUCUCAUGUAAAAUCUUUUUUUUUCAAAUAUCAGAGCUUUCAAUACAAUCUCUAUGGGUUCCGGGAGGGCUUGCACUUACGCGCUUUCGUCAUACGUAACAUAACCAUGAACAUAACUAAGAAAAGAGCGGGUAGCAGCGUCAAUCAAUUCACGUACUACUGUCAAGAUGGCUAGCGUUCAGUGCAACUCGAUUGUCUCUUUGAAAGAAGUUCCUUUUUGUCGGCGAACAAAUCAAGAUAAAUUGGCAACAAAACAAUUAGGACCUCCCAGACCAAAUUUAAUAAUUCAACAGGUUUCUACUAAAGGGGGAAAGUCCUACACCCGAGGAUUUUCCAAAAAUCGGUACGAACGAAAAACCUGGCUAGCAGGCUGCGAUGUAGCUAAUGCAGUCUUCUGCUACCCCUGCUUACUCUUUCACCCUGAAGGCGGCACGGCAGACAGCACCGCUUGGACAGCGACUGGUGUAACGGACAUGCACCAUCUUUCAGAAAAGAUUAAGAAACAUGAGCUGUCAAAGACCCACAUGGAUAGCUGUUUGAGAUUGUCUGCUUUGGGGAGAGUGAACAUUGCCACUCAACUGGAUGAGGGAUACAGGCUAGCUGUCCGCCGCCACAACGAUGAGGUUAGCAAGAACCGCCACAUCCUCAGCCGGCUAAUCCAGUGUGUGAAGUUUUGCGGAGUGUUUGAGUUAGCUUUGCGAGGCAAAGAUGAAACUGAGGGCUCCACCAACCCUGGUAUUUUUCUUGGACUUGUCAACUUUGUGGCACAAUUAGAUGAGGUGUUUUAUGGAAAUGCAUAUUGUUUAUGCAGUGUUGAGGAAUGUGAAAGAACACCCUUUAUUAUUUUUACUGUGAUAACUUAUUUUGCUUUUGUAAGCCAACACUUUUGAGAUCAGUCAAUAAAUGCUUCUGGUAUUGACUUAUAUGCUGCCCCUGUCUUCAUGUUGUUGCUGGACAUAUCUUUUUUAAAAUGUGUGUAGGUCACCUAAAUCAUCAGAAAAAUUGCCCCCCCUGAGAAUUUUUUCAGGAGCCGCCACUGGUGGGGGCUAUACACUUUUUGUAGACAAUUUCUAUUCUAGCCCUGCCCUUUUUUGAGGAAUUACGUAGAAGAAACACUGGUGCCUGUGGGACAAUUAGAACUAACAGGAUUGGUUUCCCACAAACCAAAAGGAACAACCUGCCAAAUAAAGCAGAAAGGGGAGAUUUGCGGUGGAUAUGCAAAGGAAAUGUAUUAUUUGUAAAAUGGAUGGACACACGUGAGGUAACCAUGUGCUCUACUGUACAUGAAGCAUUUAGUGGACAAACUGUCAAAAGGAAGGUAAAAGAGGGUGGUGUAUGGCAGAAUAAAACUGAGCCCGUCCCAGAUGCGGUAGCCGACUACAACCGGAGCAUGGGUGGAGUGGAUUUAUCCGACGCAUUGAUUGGAUACUACAGUGUUCACCACAAUACUUUUCUUUUUCAUUUUGUUGAUAUUGCUGUUGUAAAUAGUUUCCUACUUCACAAAGAACUCCAUAAGAACAACCCCACUAAGCCAUACACACAAAAUAAGUUAAGGGAAAAGCUACUCACAGAAAUGGUGAGCUUUGCUAAACAGUCUGAACCACAACCUCCACCACGACCACCACCAUGCCAGAAUACUAUGGUGAUGAUGCCAGAAAAGACAGGAAGAACUGUAGGAGAUGUCUGGAUGUUGGCGUCCCCAAAGUGA